ACUCCAUCAGUCUUUCCAGUUUCCCCCACUAAACACAAAAAAACCUCUCCCACAAAAAUAGCACUACUAUUCUCCCCUUCCCUAUCACACUCGCCGGCGGUGAGGUCUCUCAUUGCUGCGGAAUGAAUAUUCCGGCGGAAACUUUUCCUCUUAUCUCCACACGCAAUGCUCGCAUCUCCGAUCAUCCUCGCCACGUCUUCCACGAAAAAGCCCUCUGCUAACCUCUCCUCCGCAACCUCCAAGUUAUUCGAUUCCUCCUUUCUGAUCGUAUGGAAGGUACCGGAUUUUCCAUCGUCAAACAAAAAUCUGUCCGGCGACUCCAUUUUUUUUGUUGUGUUUUAAGGUUUGAUUGAGUCGGAUUGUACUGUUGACGGUUCCAUUUUUUUGAGUUCUAUCGAGAGUAGUAGUACCUGGUUAUAGAGCCGAGGAGAGAAAUGUGCGUCGAUUUCCCGGCGUUAACUUUUUUUGGGUGAAAUGUACUAGACCGAGAUUUAGGAUCUGACCGAGUCAUUGAUUAGUACUCAGUGAGUGAAUAGAUUGUUGUAGAAGACGAGUGGACGCGUAUCGUUUCGUUCAAUCAAAAUCCUCUGAUUCUUUCAUCUCUCUGACAUGCCUCCAAUGAAGAUCCAGCCAAUCGAUGUCGAUUCUCAGACGCAGCCGCUGGCUCUGGCCAUAGCUGAGCCGGCGAAACCGGUGUUGAAAUCGCGCUUAAAGAGGCUCUUUGACCGCCAGUUGCCGAGCGUGCUGAGGAUUUCAUCGGCAGAUAAGCCGAACCUCGGAGACGCUCAGUAUGUUAUCAAAGACGCCGGUUUCGGAGCUGGAGGGGUCGAGUUCGAGCCGAGCUCCGUGUGUUUGGCCAAAAUGGUGCAGAGUUACAUGGAGGAGACGAGCGAGAAGACUCUCCGCGGUCGCACUCGUUGCAAUUGCUUCAACGGCAACACCAAUGACAGCUCCGAUGAUGAGUUUGAGGCUUUUGAUGGCGGUUUUGGCGAGUCCAACAUCAGCAGUGGACCGAACUGGGACGCCUCCGAUGUUCUCAAGAGUCUGAUUCCGUCCGCGAGCAAAGCGGAGAGAAAUCUCCUCGCCGACACGGCGGCGAUCGUCAAGAAGAAAUCCUCUUCUUACAAGCUCAAAGGCGAUUUGAGAAAGAUCGUUGCGGACGAACUAUCGGCUCUCGGCUAUGAUUGCUCCAUCUGCAAAUCCAAAUGGGAGAAAGCCUCUUCUUACCCUGCCGGUGAGUACGAGUACCUAGAUGUGAUUGCUGACGGCGAGAGACUGUUGAUCGACGUGGAUUUCAAAUCGGAGUUCGAGAUAGCUCGAUCGACCAGCGCUUACAAAGCGUUCCUCCAAUCUCUACCGCACAUUUUCGUCGGGAAAGCAGACCGGCUGGGCCAGAUCGUGUCGAUCGUGGCAGAGGCGGCGAGGCAGAGCUUGAAGAAGAAAGGGAUGCACUUCCCUCCUUGGAGGAGAGCCGAGUACAUCCGCGCCAAGUGGCUCUCUCCGUUCACCAGAGCUCCGAACGAUUCCGAAGGAGGAGUCGAGCUUCUGAGCGGAGGAGAAGGUUCGGAGGAGGAGGGAACGGAGUGCUGCGGUGAGCUGGAGUUGAUUUUUGGUGAGAAAGGCACCGCGCUGUCGGAGACAAGUUCCGGCGAGGAAGGGAUGAGGAAGGUGGAGGCGGCGGUGACGUGGCAGCCGCCGGCAGUGAAGCCGAAGAGUGCGAAGAGGAAAACUAAGAUGGUGACCGGAUUAGCUUCUCUUCUGAAAGAGAAACCGUAAAAAGAAAAUUUUGGACUUGUCUAUUUUUUUCCAUUUUCCCUUUUUUGGCGGAAGAGAGAAACGUAAAAAAAAAUUGGAAAAUAUAAAAGAAAAAGACGUAAUAGGAUAAUGGUACCAGUUAGUUGAUUUAGUUCGUCCUUUUUACCAAUUACCACCCACCUUUUCUUAACCUGCUGUAGGUAGCUGAUUAAAAAAGCAAAAAGCAGAAGGAGCUGAUCUUACCGAGUAUCAAAACCCUGUAAUAAGGACUAAUGAACGAGGAGAGGAAAAACUUGGUAAAAAGGAGAAGCAGUAAAUAUUUUGGAAGUAAAAAAACCUUUUUUACUGUGUUGCAUUAACUGUAGAGUGUAAUGAGUGAAUGGUGCAUCAAAUCAUUUCUUUUUUCGUAAUUUCCCCAGUGGGUACAUUUUUUAUUUUUAUUGGGUAGUGAUAUAAAGUGGGGAUGAGUGCUCGUUUCCCAUACCCCAUGCAUUUCUUUUAGGUGAUGUUCCCUCCACAGGAACAAGCGCGGAUGAAACUUUGUUUUCAUUAGUUUUACCUUUUCCUUUUAUCAUCAUUUCCAGUUUUGAAACUCCCAAAUAAUAUAAAAUUUUCAAAUUUAA